AUGACACCAGUGCACCCGUGGUCGACGACCCAGCUUCCUAUCCUUGGCUUGGCCACGAACAGCAGCUCGACGUGCCAAGCCUGCCGCGGUGCGAUCAUGAAAGGAUCGAUCCGCGUGGGCAUUAUCUUCCAGCACCUCAGUGGCUUCAUCGUGCUCGACUGGCAUCACUUGACGUGCUGUGAAACACCGCAGCUCCUGAGACAUGUCGAAGGCUACGACCUCCUCGGCGACGACUCGAAAGCUGCCUUGAAUGCGUUUAUCGACUACACUCAGCAGACUCAGUGUGCAUGA